AUGCCGAUACGUGUGUACCCCCAACCUACCAGGGUGUACCCUUUCUGCUCCGGUUGUGGAACCUCUCGCUCCACCGGCACCUCCACCUGGUGCAGCAAGUGCGCCCGGCAAGCGUCGUUGUGCGCCGUGUGCGACCUUCCCGUCGUGGGGCUGUACAUCGAGUGCCCCGGGUGCCACCACGGGGGGCACGCGGAACACAUGAUGCUGACCCGGACGGAUAUUUACGCUGAGUCCCCGUGGGACAUGUAA